AUUGCCCUUGUUGCCUUCUUCAUUGCUCAUCUAAAGAAAAACAUCCCAAGAAUCAAGAAUCAUGUCCAGGAAAACUCUUCCACUGGAGCCAGGAUUUAACAAUAUGUUGAAGGCCACCGCUCUGUUUGGAAGCAAGAAGGCAUCAUCAUCAACACCAAGGCCGUUCAAGAACUACUACAAUCAAUGGUUCAACACCCUCAAGAACUCCCUCCUCCCUCAUCUCCGCCGUGCGAUGCUCUCAGCCUCCUCCCCUACUCUCCUCGCCACCCACGUAGACGCCAUGCACCACCACUUCCAAGCCUACUAUGAAGAGCUUGAUCUCUGCUGUUCAUCUUCCAUCAACACCCUUCCCGAGCUCCUUUUCCCAGAAUGGCGUAACUCCCUCGAGAAGCCCUUCCUCUGGCUCGGUGAUCUCCACCCUUAUCUCUUCACGAACCUCCUCAGAUCAUUUCUCGAUGAUGAAGAAACAGAAAGAGGAGUAGGAAGAGGGAGUGAAGAAGAUGACGACAAAACUGUGGUGGAUCUUCCCCUGUUUCGGGAGUUUCUUGGUCAUGAUGAUCAUCAGCUGCAGCCAUGCAGCGGUUUGAUGCCAUGGGACGGUCCAUCCAAGAGUAUUUCGAUGAGGGUUGAUCAGAUUGAAUGCGGGCUGAGGCUAAUGGUGCCGCCUCUGGUGGUGCGUGCAAGAAACGCGCAAUCAGCGUUCGUCGAGAGAGUGGGAUUUGAAUGGAGGAAAUAUGAAGGGAGGAAGGAGGAUGUGGAGAUGGCGGUCGGAGAGGCUAUGAUGGCGGCGAUGGAGGAGUUGGUUAACGUUUUCUUGGAUGCUAAUAGGCUGAGGAAAAGUGUUCUUGCUGAUAUCCUGAAUGCUACCAAUGUUUAUCAGGCGGCUCAGUUUUUUGAAGGAUUAGCCCGAUUUCUUGUUGGGUUUCAUGAUCAGCAAUUGCUUCGGGAAUUUGAGAAACACAAGGUGGCAAUGAAUUAAGGAAUUCAUUCGAUUCCGAUGUCCUUCUUGAAGCAAAAAAACAAUGAUGUGAUGGGCUGCCUGAGUUUCUUGCAUAAUUUGGACGGUCUUUCAGGGUCCUCUGUUUGUUUGCAUAAUUUGCGUUUCUGGGAAUGGCAUUGUUUCGUCAAAUUGGGAAUUUGGUUUACAGUUCUUCGAGGGAAAGGUUGGAAGUUGUUGUAAUCUUAAUUAGACAAUCUAGAAUUUUAUUCUGCACCCAAAAAA